CAGCUCAAACCCGCCCACUCCACUCCACUCCACACCGGCAGCAGCAGCAGCAGCAGCAGCGGUUGUGGAAGAACAUGGUUUGACACGGGGCUUGUCGAGGGAGGAAAAAAACCUGCACAGCAGUGACACAACUGGUGAGAGGAGGAGGGGGCUGAAGGUGAGAGUUGCGGAACAAAGAGUAAACAGAGAGGAGAGGGGAACGGAACGGAACAGAAGGGCUCGCUGGUUCCGCUGUCAUCUCCCGGGCCAGCUGCAGGCAGACAGACGGACAGGCGGACAGUCGACCGACCGACGCAGAGCGCGCAGGAGCCUGGAGACACCGCUGGAGCUGGAACACCUCUCUAUGCAAGGACAACGCAGCUCCUUCUCUGUGAAAUACAGUGGAUUGUUUGGUUUGGCAGUGCAGUGAUGGAUUCACCCCCAGAUCUUUUCAGUGACUCUGCUCCACAGAUCCAUGCGUUUGCUCCCACUCUGAGCUCUUCAGAUCUCUCUGUAGUUCAUCCCGAGCCCAGUGCAGGUCGCCCUCCUCCUGCCUUCAGGCCUCCGGUCUUUCCCCUCAUUCAUCAUCUCCACCAGCCGGGUGGAGCUUCCAGGAGAAUCGGGGGACAACUCGGCACAAGCCCGAGCACACACAGGCACCUGGAGGAGAGGAAUCUGGAGGAAGGUGGAGGAGAAAAGGAUGGACAAGUGGAGCAAGGGAGUGAUGGAGGAGAGGAGGGAGCUCUGGAGGGAGAGGAGAGCUUUUUGGAGGUGAAGAAGAGGCACAGUGCCCUCACUGCAGAGUGGAGUCAAGACAUCCUGAAAGUGAAGAGGAUGAAACUGGAGAGCAGGCAGAGAGAUGGGGAGGCAGAUGAGGGAGGGGUGAGGCGUGAGAUAGGGAGGGAGGGGAGAAGGCGGGAGAGGGAAGAGCUGAAAGAGCAGCUGGAGGAGGCAAGAGAGAGACUGCAGGUCCUGCAGGAGAAAGUCUGGAGGGCUUUUGGGGAAAAGCACCUGGCAGAGGAGGAGGAGAAGAAAAGGAGGCACAGAGGUGGAAACAGAGGAGCAGCAGAGGGGGGAGAAAGAGACAUGGGGAUGAUGGAAGAGACAGACAUUACAGAAGGGAUGUACGAUGAUGAUGACAUUGAUGACGGAGAAAUUGAAAAGGAAUCCUUUUCCUUUCUCUCUGUUUCCCCUUUUGAUAACUUCCACAAACAGAGAGAAGAGAGGCAAAAAGAGAGAGAGGAGAGGAUGGAGAGAGGAAGAGGAGGAGGACUCCACGUGGAGGGCCUAAUGGAGGGGGCGGGGUUGUGGCUGGAUUGUGGAGGACUGGUCAGAGGUGACUGGGAUGGAGGGAUUCAAGAGGAGGGUGAGGAGGGAGGGCAGAAAUUUGCCCAGGCUCUGAAGCUGGAGCUGGGCAGUGCCGUGGCACGAGUCAUCGACCGAGUUCUCCGCCUCUACACCGAGACGGAAGAUCUGGCGCCGUCUUCUCCUCCUGCCGCCAUCUCUUUCCUCCCAUCUGAUGUAGGAAAUGAUGGCGGGAGGGAGAAGGGAGAGUGGACUGGACUCCUGGCCAGUGGACGAGGGAAGGAGAAGACGAGGGGUAAGGAGGAGAAGAUGGGAGGGCAGGACAGAGAAAGAGAGAAGCAGCUCCGAAAGAUGAGGAACGGCAACAUGGUGGCACCAGGGCAGUCACAUCGUGCCGAUGCAUCAGAUCUGGCGACUCCACUCGCUGCUCAGAGGUCACCUGACCCCCGGAAGGCUCACCCACUCCUCGGCCCGCCUCUCUCUUCUCACAUGAAUCCCUCUCACCCCAACCUCUCCAUGCCUUCUCUUCCCCGCCCUCCUCCCCCUCUCUCCCACCCUUCCCUCUUACCCCCGGCGUCGCAACCCAAAGACCCAUCCUCCUCCUCCAGCUCCCACCCCUCCUCGUCCUCCUCCUCUGCCUCCUCCUCAUCCUUCCCCGUGCCUCCACCUCCCCCACCACCUCUCCCUCUCCCACUGCUGCACUACUCCAUGCAGCAGCUCUUCUCCCGUGCACUGCACCACCCGCAGCUCCCGCACCUGCCGCCGCCCCGCAAGGACUUCCUGAGCUCUGACCCCUUCCUGGAGUUCUCGUCUCACCCGUCCUCUCACCCCUCCUUCCCGCCGCUCCCGCUGCUCGGUCACCUGGACCCCUCCCUCGCCCGUCACGCCCUCGGGGGCCGGGAGAGAGGGGUGAGAGGAGAUGGGGGCAUGAGAGGAGGCGGAGGGAUGGACGGAGGAGAGCUCUACCUGACGGCUGGGGGAGUUUACAUCCAGGAAGGCUUGUCUCCGUGCCACCUGAAGAAAGCGAAGCUCAUGUUCUUCUACGCACGUUACCCCAGCUCCAACACGCUCAAGACCUUUUUCCCUGAUGUCAAGUUUAACCGAUGUGUGACCUCCCAGAUGAUUAAAUGGUUCAGCAACUUCAGAGAGUUCUUCUACAUCCAGAUGGAGCGCUUUGCACGGCAGGCAGUCCGCGAGGCUCUCACCCGAGAUGGUGCUCCUCGUCUGGGCAGAGAGAGUCAGCUGAGAGUGGGCCGCGACACAGAGCUGUACCGCAUACUUAACAUGCACUACAAUAAAAGUAACAUCUACCAGGUGCCAGACAGGUUUAUUGAAGUGUCAGAAGUUGCCCUGAGGGAAUUUUAUGCAGCCAUUUGGACCGGGAGAGACAGCGACCCCUGCUGGAAGAAAGGGAUCUACAAAAUCAUUUGUAAACUGGACAGUCCUGUACCAGAUGCCUUCAGACUGCCUGGUUGUCCUGUUGGCUGAUGAGUGAACAGCUUGGUCACACAUUUUCUGGAAAAAAAAAAGGGGGGGAACUAUAUUCAGUUUUGAAAUUUUCUUUAUGUAAAAGUCAUUCGUAUUUACAAAAGAAGAACAAUCAUUUAAGUUGUUUAAGUGUAUAUGAGUGACAGUGUACGUGGAGGAUAACGGACAAAUUCAGUGACAGUCUUGUGAUUGCACUUAUCAGAGAAUGUGAACAUACCACUGAGUCUGAAUGAAUGGACAGAGGAGGAAUUUCCUCUCCAAACAUUCUUCACCCAUCAGCUGAACUGUAAUUGUAAUUGCUAUCACAGCUUUUGAUGGCAAUAUUAUGGAAAGGUUUCUCAGUUUAGGUGACGCUCCAGAUUUCCUUCAUUUUUUUUCACUCGGGUGCUGGGUGUGUUGCACCAGAAAAAAUGAUUAUUCUUAUGCUUUUUACAUUUGAUCCAUUUGGUUAAUUACGUUAUCCUUGUUUCAUAGAACUAUCCCCUCAGUGGUUUCAGUCAGAGGCUUUUGUUAAUUAUUAUUUGCUUGUGUAUCAAUGUUUGUUUUAUAUUACCUUAUUAUAAAGCUUUUGUACAUUAUGACACGUGUAAUCUAAUUGUAAUUAAAAAUUCCGUCAAUUCAACUUCAAUGGUAAACAUGUAUGUUUCGUUGGUGGAAGGCAAAAAUGCUUUAAUGUGAUUUCUUUUUUGCACUGUUAUUCCUCAAUAUUUGUUUCCAGUUUCCCUGCAGCUCUAUGGAAUCAAGUGUAAAGUGUAUGUGACGUGUUUUCAAAUGCAUGUUGUUUGCUCUAUUUCAAUUUUGUAUUGUCACCCUCUUGUCAUGCAUCUCUUUUAUAUUGUACAUACAAUACAUGUACAUCUUUAAUGUAUAUCUUUGCCUCACUCAAGACUUUGGUGAACUUUGGUGUUUGAAUUGAACAGUUGAUUAAAGUGAUACCAGAC